AAUUACACAACACAAAAAAAUAAAGAGUUUCCAAAAAUGAGAGCCUCAAACUUCAGUGCUGUUUUCCUCCUUAUAUCUGCAAUAGUCUUGGCCGUCCACGUGGCUAUCUCCUCAGCAUCAGCCAUUGAUAUCAAUGGAGGUCACCAGCUGGGCUUCAUUCCAGUGAAACCGGAGUGCACCGGAUCUAUCGGAGAGUGUAUGACUGUCGAGGAUGAAGACUUCGAUUUGGAGUUUGACAUGGACAGUGAGAUCAACCGGCGCAUUUUAGCGACGAGGAGGUAUAUAAGCUACGGUGCGCUGAGGAGGAACACUGUGCCGUGCUCGCGACGUGGCGCAUCGUACUAUAACUGUCGACACGGGGGUCAGGCCAACCCAUACUCUCGCGGGUGCAGUGCCAUUACUCGUUGCAGGCGUUAAAUUUUGUUUUUUUGUUUUUCUAUUUAUUUUUAUAAUUUAUAGUUUAUUUUAAAAUUGUUAAUUCGUAUGUGCUUGAUUGGUGAAUGUUGUUUUAUAUAAAUACAUAUAAAAGAAGGGGAGGUUGAAUUAUUGAAAUAAGUUAAUGUAAAUUAUAUUGAUCUGCCCGUUUUAGUGUUACAUGGUAUCAAAUCAAUAUGAGCAUUGUUUGUGUUGUGUUUA